CGAUCAAUGGCUUCUACUCAAAGUUCAUACGCAGGUUUAGGAGAAGGGCAAUCCACCACGAGGCCUCCAUUAUUUGAUGGAACAAAUUACACAUAUUGGAAGGAGCGGAUGAGAAUUUUUCAUCCAAUCCAACAACUUUCUCCUAUGGAGAAUUAUCAAGAAUGGGGAAGAAGUGCCCAUGAAAAAAGUUGGGGAAACCACCGUUCCCAAAACCGAAGACGAAUACGAUGCGCAGGAUAUCAAGAAAAUAGAGAACAACGCCAAGGCUAUCAACAUUCUUUACUGUGCAGUAAAUCCGGACGACUACCGGAAAAUUUCAUGUUGUUCGACCGCUAAGGAUAUGUGGGACAAGCUCGAAAUCACAUAUGAAGGUACGAAUCAAGUCCGAGAAGCUAAGAUAGAUUUUCUAACCCAUGAAUAUGAAUUGUUUCGUAUGAAGGAGAAUGAGAAAACCGAUGAGAUGUUUGAACGAUUCUCCAAAAUCGUUAAUGAUCUCCAUGCUCUCAAGAAGACGUACACAGACAAGGAGCUUGUGAGAAAAAUCCUGCGAAGUCUCACACCGGAGUGGCGCUCCAAAGCCGAUGCCAUUCAAGAAUCCAUCGGCAUCACCAACGUCACCAUUGACGGACUUAGAGGUAAUCUCAAAACCUAUGAGUCUACCAUUCUUUAUCCCUCUCUAGGUGAACAAAAGAAGAAUGGGAUUGCCUUCAAGGCAUCUAAAAGCCAAGAACGUGCUAUGGAAGACUCGAGUGACGAAGACGAGUUCGGGAUCGUGCUCAAGAAAUUCCAUAAGUUCAUGAGCCAAGA